CCAGAUGGGCUAGUCACUAAUAUUGAGGUUUUAUGUGAUACCAAUUGCAUUGAAGAGGUUUUUGAUUUGCUACAAGCCCAUACUAAUGAUAUUCUUAUAUAUAAUACCGAUUUGAGUAAUCGAAAUUUUAUUGGAAUAAUAACUGAUAAUAUAAAUAAUCUAACAACUCAAGUUCCUAAGCGAUGGAUAUCUACUGUAUCAAGUGAAAUUAAUGGAUUAACAAAAGAGAACCAAGUAAUUGCUCAGCAGCAUUUGAAUCAAUGCAAUUCUUAUGCUAAUAAUAAUUGUAGAUCUAGAGAUAUGAGUGUUGUGAUUAAUAAUACUAUUCAAGAUGAGAAUACUUUGAAUAAUGAAUCGAAUUCUUUAAAUGAAGCAAAAUCUGAUAUUAAUGAAGUAAAAAAAGAAAAAGUUCAAAUAUUAGUAUUGAAAAUUCUUUAA